AUGACGUCGUUUUGGGCCAAGACUCCGGUUUCCCCUGACCACGGCCAAUUUGACAACCACCUAGAUGAUUCAAUUGUAGGCUUAUUAGAAUUUUUUUGCGGUCUUGUACCCUGUUGAUGAAGUUUUGGGUUUCAGGGCUACGAUUUCUUCACCCGUUAUGAGACGGCUCGCGAGGUCGCAAAGCCGAAGAAGAGAACCGACCUAACCCUUGAUAUUUCAUGGAAUUGUGACAAUGAGAUUGCCUUCUAUCACGAUGGAAUUCCUCAUGGUGAAGAUGAAGGAGUGAAGCUUGAUCAAGGGACCCAGACCGACGUCGGGUCGUGUUUUGAUGCCAGACAUUCCCAUCUCGAAAACUAUUAUGUGAGUCUAUAACGUUUUUACCUAAUUAUAUGAUACAUUAUUUUUGACGGAUAGGCACGAUAUUAUCCAUGAUCGGAAAUUGGCGAAAUAUAUGUUAUUUGUUUCAGUUGGUACCAAUCCAGUCACAUAUUUCGCCAACGUCGGACUACUCUUCUCCAACUUCUCCGAACACGUUCCAAUUUCCUUCGCCAGUUAGUCCACUUUCUCCAACUGUUCGAAACAACAAACAGGUCUUCGAUUUUAAUCUCAAUUCCUUUGCUGCCGAUUUUGCGACCAAGACUCUUCUUAAUGACAAUCGUAAGAAGCAUCAUAAUACGUUCUGCGGCUUCUGUUACAACAAUGCGAGAGUUAACGUAAGUAUUCCUUUUAUUUUUUUGGAUUGUGCUAAAUAGGCGUAACAUUAGAUUGUUUUUCCUUUCAGGGUUGUGAUGUUACUGGUCCUGGCAGGUGGUUGGAGCACAAUCUUCGUGAUCAAAAUGGCCGUGUGACCUGCCCUUGCCUACGAAUGUUCCAAUGCCCGAUUUGUGGUGGCUCCGGGGACGACGCCCAUACUCAACGCCAUUGCCCCAAGCGCAACCGCGGCAGAGAGUAA